AUGUCUGACGCCAACGACAGCGGUAGCCCUGCCGGCGACCGCGGUGAGGCCCCCGGUGCUGCCGAGCACCUGAACAUCAAGGUCACCGACAACAAUAACGAGGUCUUCUUCAAGAUCAAGCGCACCACCAAGCUCGAGAAGCUCAUGAACGCCUUCUGCGAGCGCCAGGGCAAGAACCUCAGUUCCGUCCGAUUCCUGUUCGAGGGCCAGCGUGUUCAGCCUACCGACACUCCCGAGACUCUCGAGAUGCAGGACUCUGACUGCCUUGAGGUUCACCAAGAGCAGGUCGGUGGCGGCAUGUAA